GCUGGUUGACCGUUCUUUGCACUGUUGGUGAAUCUCUAAACAUGUGGACAUCUCUCCUGUGUCUUCUUCUGGCUGGUGCAGUAUCUGCAGCACCACUUUCACCGUUUUUCAAUUAUCUCCCUCAUUAUGGCAACCCGAAGCAGGUAAAUAAUGGUGGCUUCCAGGGAAUACCAUCACAGCCACAUCCUGGUCUGAACGCUCCAAUCAGCAUGGAAAUCAUUUUCCCUCCGCAAUUCCCUGCCAGUCCAGUAGGAGGAGCAGCUGGCACAGCGUCAUUCCCUACAAAAGCUUUCAUCAAAUACUCUCUCCCUAAAGUUCCUGGCAGAAAAAGUGUGGAAAUCUUUUACCCCUAUGACUUCAGUCAGCAUCAGGACCAACCAAGUGUUCCCCUGAUACCUCAAAUCCCAAAUAUCUUCCCCUUCGAUUUUAUGCCACAGACUGUUCCCCAGCAGCCACCUGUGAACCCACCAUUCCAGGAUGCUCCUCCACAAACCCAAGAGGCUCAGCAGCAGACCCAGCCGGAGCAGCAGGCUCAGACAGGACAGGUGUCUAACAAGCCAUGAAGACUGGCACAUCUUUGAAGAUGAGUGAGGAAAAAAAAAAGUCAAUCAACAAGAGUGUGUUAAAGUUUUGUGUCUAAUGCUAUUUAGAAUUAAUACAUACUUAUUUUUUUUCUGGAAUAAUAAUUUAAAAUGAGAUGAUUAUUUAACAUGAAGAAGAUGAUUUACCCAUAUGUAUAACAACAUUUUUUUUGAGUUCUGUAACUGCAUGGUAUACAGAUUGACAUGUGCUGGUUUGGUCUUAUUCUGAUGUGAAAAACUGAACAAAUUUCAAUGAACAUUUUCUA